UGAAAUUUGAAUUGACUUUUGCGUUCUCUGAACUGUGUUUCUAUCGUGUCCAAAAACACUGACAAAAGUAGCCGAAUACUGCCAUAAACCAUAAUGAUGAAGCCUACGAGAGGUAAAACGCCGAAGAAACCUCAAAAGAAAGCAAAUAACAAUAGCGCAAAAGAUCCCGUCGAGGUGUUUUGUCGUCUACGCCCUAAAGAUCAUGACGAUGGUGAAAAUUGUGUUGAAAUUCAAGACAAUAAUGCUGUACUGUUGCGGCCACCAGAGGGCUCACUAGCAUUCAAAGGGGGAAAUCUACGAGAGAUUACAUUCAAGUUCAAAUAUGUAUUUUCAGAAGAGACUUCACAGAAAGCUCUCUUUGAUCAUACAGCAUAUCCACUUGUGGAGGAUUUACUCAAUGCUAAGAAUGGUUUGCUAUUUACAUAUGGUGUGACUGGAUCUGGUAAAACUCACACCAUCACUGGGACACCACAAAAUGGUGGUCUUCUACCAAGGUGUCUGGAUGUUUUGUUCAACAGUAUUGCUGACUUGCAAGCAAAGAAAUAUGUUUUUAAAGCUGAUAAAAUGAAUGGAUUUGAUGUACA